AAAGAAAGAGAAAAGAAGUAGGCGGAACUGAAAGCCAAAAACAGGAAAUUAACCUAUAGAUCUAUUUCAAAUCCGACCUCCCUUCCGUCCUUACUCUCAACUUGAAUUAUCAAACCCUAAUUCAUUUCAAUCUUUCAUCAAUUCUCAAUUCCCACACUGACCCACUUCUAAAAAUCCAAACUUUAAUCACCCCUUAUAAUCUUUUCCCAAUAAUUAGGGUUUUUUUUUAGGUGGGCUAAUUUUCUGGAAAGUUUUGUAAUUUAUCAAUCUGGCUAUGGAUUUAGAAUCUUUUGAUAGUAGUGGAACUGAUGAUGAUCUUCCACCAUCACAUCAAAAUAGAAUCCCAAGAGGUGGACGUGUUGCGGGAAAUGGAAGACCUGCAGUUAUGGGUUCUGCUCAGUAUACAAGGAUGUAUGGGGAAACUGAUAUGGUAGCACAAAUUCGUCUUCUUGAACAAGAAGCAUACAGUUCGGUUUUAAGAGCCUUUAAAGCUCAAGAUGAUGCCAUCACUUGGGAGAAGGAAAGUAUAAUAACUGAACUUAGAAAAGAACUAAGAUUAUCAAAUGAAGAACACAAAGACCUUUUGAACAAAGUAAAUAAAGAUGAUGUAAUUCGCAGAAUAAGGGAGUGGCGACAAUCUGGUGGGAUCCAACCCGGGAUCCAUAGCACCACACAAGCGGUUCGGGAACCCUCUCCCAGUCCAUCCGUCUCAGCAUCUCGUAAGAAGCAAAAAAUGACUCCAUCAGCAACUUCACAAUCUUUUGGUGGACCCACUGCACCUUUUCAUCCACAGCCAGCACCCUCAUUAAACCUUCCAUCUUCAUCAGGCGCUAGAAGAGCACCUUUAGCUGGAACCAAGCCCAAAACCAAGAAAUCUGCUCAGAUGAUGGGUGGAGCGUCUUCUAUGAAAAUGCAGUAUCCACCUACUGGUCCAAUUGGAAGAGGUCAAAUUGGUAAUCGGGCUGCUUCUGGGGCACUUGCAAAUGAGUCUGCCGAGACAGCAUCAUUCUCUUCAUUGAUCGGGAGAAAAGUGAGAACCAGAUGGCCUGAUGACAACAAUUUCUAUGAAGCUGUUAUAACAGAUUAUAACCCUGUAGAGGGUCGGCAUGCCCUAGUGUAUGACCAGUUCACCGUUAAUGAGACUUGGGAGUGGGUCAAUCUUGCCGAGAUUUCUCCCAAGGAUAUACAAUGGGAAGGAGAAGACCCAGGAAUUCCGCACAAAGGGGGUUAUGGGCGAGCAGGCCAUGGAAUGAGUAGAGGUCCUGGGCGUGAUAGUGGUCCGGGUGGUGGACGAGGCCGAGGGAUGACAAAAGGUCAAAUUAGAAAGGAUUUUCCACCUGCGCAGAAUGGCAUAGGAAAGAAGCGCCGAGAUGAUAUUCAGUUACUUAACACUGAUGCUCUAAUUAAGGAGGUAGAGAGGGUAUUCGGGUCUAGUCAUCCAGAUCCACUUGAAAUAGAGAAAGCUAAGAAAGUUCUGAAGGAACAUGAACAAGCACUUACUGAUGCCAUUGCAAAGCUUGCAGAUGUCUCUGAUGGUGAAAGCGAUGAAGGUGGUCGGUUUAUGCGUGGCCAUUCAAUAGGAGAAUGAUGAGAUGGCUUCAGAAGCGAAAGUUAGCAACUCAGAUUAAUGAAAGUGAUCCGUGGGGCUUGUGAUGACAAGAUAUUUUUGUGCCAUGUAGACAUGUAUUUUCCGGAUGGAAGUCACGCACUUUCGACAUCAAAGAUUUUAUAGGAGGUAGGUGUUGUAAAAUGUCAUAUCUUCAGGUACAAAGUUACUGGGUCAUAAUGUGUAGUGGUGGUAAAUUGGUAAUUAGCUUAUGGGUUAAGUUAUGAAAUGGGAAAGGGGGUAGUUUGGUGAUUUAAUGUUGCUGGGAAGGUUUAUAUUUGUAGAAAUUAAUGUGCAUCUUUUUACCUUUUUGAUAAUUUCAAAAGUGGUGAUUAUUAUGGGAUGAAA